AUGCCAGCAACCUACCUCGAAACCCUCAACCACUUCACCACCUUCCUAACCGCCUACACGCACACGCUCCUCCACCACCGCGAGCUCUACCCCACCACCUCCUUCGCCCGCUCCCGCUUCCACAACGCCAUCGUCUACCAAUCGCGGCAUCCCCUGGUCUGCGAAUGGAUCACCGACGCCAUAACCGCCGUGCGCGAAGAGCUGCUCAAGGGCGUCGUUAACAAAAUCGGCAUCGUCAUAUUCACCUACGAUGAGUACGAUGAAGGCUCGGGCAGCGCCAAGAUAAUGGAACGCUACAUGUUCGACGUGAGCGAGUUCCCUGUUGUGGAACGGCGGGAUCGUAUGUUGGAUAUUGGGUUUGAGGGAGGGCCUAUACCGCCGGAGACGAAGGGAAAGGGGAAGCAGAAGGAAGAGGAGAAGGAAAUAGAAUACAACAAUGAUGGGACUGUAAAGAGGAAGAAGACGAAGCCGUUGGAUACGGGUGUGGAGGUCAAUCUCAGCGAGCAGUUUCGCGCGGCGUUCCUGCAGCUGGAGAUGCGGACGUCUAGACUGGAGCCUCUGCCUGAGGGUUGCACUUUCAAUGUUAGUAUGGAACUCAAGGAUGAGGGCGAUAUCGAUCCGCCAAUUGGACACCCGCAGGUCUGGCAGCCGGUUCAGCCUAGUUUGCAGAAGACGGGGAGGGGCGCGCUGUUUAGGGACAGGGAUGUGUUUGAUGAGGAGGCGUUUGAGUUGGGGAUAAUGAGAGAGAAGGAAGGGAGAGAUCUAGGUGGCGCCAAGGUCACGCCUAUACGCAGUGUGCAGGCCGGUGUUUUCAGGUUUGAGAACUGGAUAGAAGAGGGCAGGGCAAAGUUUGAGCCUCCAGAAGAUAGUAUACCAUCGAGCUUCUCGAGUUUUUGA